ACACACUAUAGAACACUUUUGACUACUCACAGGUCUAUGCGAGCAUCACCCCCAUGACACACUUACUUCCUUUCUUCCAUGUUACUUGAAGGUGAUCGAGAAGAUCCAUGGAAUAAGAUGGAAGAGCUUUGACUUGCCAGGGGAGAAUGAUGGUUGUGGGCCAUGCUGUCAACAUGAGUUUGAUGGACAUUUCCAAGAUCUUCUCCCUGCUGCAGCCCAAGGAGGAGGACGAGGACAAUGAGCUGAGCCAGGCUCUGAACAACGCAGUGAGCAGCGACGACGUCAGUCUUCUCUCUGAGCUUCUCUCUCAGGAGAGCUACAGGAGGUCUAUCAAUGCUCGAAGCGGGUGGGGGGUUCCCGUAACCCCCUUACGGACCGCUGCUGCUCUGGGACAUCUGAGGUGCCUAGAGCUCUUACUGGAGCAUGGAGCAGAGAUAGACAUCUUGGACGUGAAGGCCCAGACGCCACUGUUCACAGCUGUUAGCGGCAAACAUCUGGACUGUGUAGCGGCCCUGCUGAAGGCCGGAGCCGACCCAAACGGCAGCCAGUACAACAACUGCUCACCGGUGCUGACCGCCGCCCGAGAGGGGGACGUGGACAUUCUCCAAGAGCUGCUCCGCUUCAGAGCAGAGGUGGACGUUCGACCUAAAGUACCAGAGUGGGCGUCCAAUGCUACAGCCUGCAGAGGUCCUCUUUAUAUCUCAGCAGUGUAUGGACACCUGGAUUGCUUUAAACUCCUCCUCCUUCAUGGGGCCAACCCCAACUUCAACUGCACAGAUGAGAAGAUGCUGGCUCGGAUCAAGCAGCCAAAGACAGUGCUGGAGGUGUGUUUACGUUACGGCUGCGGGGUGGAGUACAUCCAACUUCUCAUAGACUUUGGAGCAGAUGUGUAUCUCCCAACACUUAUUAUUGACAAGACAACCAAGCAGAAUGAAGCCUUGGUCCUGCUGCUCAAGGAAAGGGCUUGCCCCAAAACCCUGAUGUCACAGACACGCCUCGCAAUACGAACACACCUUUUCUACGCCGACAAGGAGCCUGCCAUUGACAGUUUGGACAUUCCUCUCCUCCUGAGAAACUACCUGAAGCACAUCCCAACUGAAAUCACGUGCCUCUCCAGUUAGCGCCAGCGUGGAAGGCGCUCCAGCAAAGAUUUUUUUUUAUAUAAAGUGGAUUUCUUCUUUGGGGGAUUUUUUUUGUUCCAAAAUUGAUUUAUUUCUCCAAAAACAGGACAUAUUUCCUAAACCCCCCCCACAUCAUUCAACCUAAAGUUGAUAAAAAUAUAUGAGGACAAUACAGGUAAAAUGUACACCGUACAUGUACCACUGUUAAAAACCCCCCACCAUUUUUACGCUUAUGUCGUUAUUCUUCACCGAUAAUGUUUUUUUGUCCAUUGUUGAGCUUGAGCACUUUGUUUGGUAGUUGUUGAAUGUACCAUAGUUGCUGUGAGACGCAAAAGUGCAACUUAGAUAUAACUUCUUAGAUAUAACUUCUACAAUGUGACUCGGAUUCCAUCUGUUCAUGGAUCAUCUUACAUUAACAUUCAUUGGGUGGCAAGAACCUACAGUGUGUACAUUUUAUACUUUAAAUGUCUUGAAUAAGUGUGUGAGGCGAGGGAGGGUUCGGGAGCUGAAUAUAAUCUAAUAAUUACGUCUAAAUGUUCAGCCGAAAUCUCGAAACGUAACCCCCACAUUGAGCUGUGGGUGUAUGAACCUCUCACAUGAACUUGAAAGCACUGAACUCAAGCCCAUUAAACAUCUUUGGUAUUUUUUUGUGAUCUCCUGCACUUUUUCAAAAGGCAGGUUUGGUGCCCAGCAAUUUUUACCCAUCCAAAAACAAUAUGAUUCUAUAUUACAUUGAGACUUGUCGAGCACUAGGACCAAGCGGAGAAAGGCUGCUCAAACUGAAGACAAUUUCCCUUUAGACCACCCAU